AUGUUAGUAUCAAAGACACAUGGGAUGCAGAGUGAGUGCAUUAGACUGAGUAUUGUAGCUGGCGCGGCGGCGAGCGGCGCGACGGCGGGCGGCGCGGGCGCGGGCGGUGCCGUGCGGCGCGCGUCCGAGCGCGACCUGCCCGCGCGCCUGGCGGCCGAGCCCGUCAAGUCCAGCAAGAGCACGCCCGCGCUGCACCACGUCGCCUCGCCGCCUCCGCACCUCCCGCCUCACCAGCAUCACCGACACCCCCUGCCGACCAGUGCGGCUGUGAGUACGACGGUAGCGAGUGGUUCCCCGAACGCUUGGCCCAGCAAGUCCCGGAGCAGCCACAACCUAUCGGCGCCCUCGCAACACGACGGUUUUUACCAGAAUUUGUCCUCGGUCCAGUCACAACAACAUGCAUUACAAGACAGGUGGUCAUCUCUACGUAGCUCGACGGGCAGUAACCGGCCGCAGUCAGCACACUUUGCGGCGGGACAGGCAGAACCGCCAGACUCCCCACUGCAUCACCAGCAUUCGAAUGCAAUGAGCGCUCGCGCAGCUAAACUCGCGGAGAUGUCGGAAGAAGUAUCUCGGCGGCAGCAGGUCUAUCAAAUGCAUCCCAAGAUGCCAUUAACCGACCUCCAUCAGCACAUGAUGGGUCAACCACCACUGCACUUACAACAGGCCCAGCCGCAGCACCUGCAGCAGACCCAGCCACAACACUUGCAACAGGCUCAGCCGCAACAUUUACAGCAGAGCCAACAACAGCACUUACAGCAGAACCAACAACAACAACACUUACAACAGAGCCAACAGCAACAUAUGCAGCAGAGCCAGCCGCAGCACUACCAGCAGCAGUCGCCGCAGCUGCAGCACACGCUGCAGCAUUCCGCGUCCCCCAUGUCUCCUAUGCUGCAGCAUAUGCACCCGCAACAACAAAUAUAUCACAACCAACAUAUGCCACAAAGGUACGAAUGGUUACCGCCCGGUCCUCCAUCACCGCAAAGAUCACAACCGCCCGUUGCUCCGAAACCACAAGGCACAAGACGAAUAGACGUGGACUCAGAGGAUCAACAGCAACAUUCGCACCCCCAACCUCAGCAACCGUCGGCCGGUUCUAUACAACCUGAAGAUGAACGCUACGUAGCCAGCGCCCUGGAGCCGCCCGCGGUGUCGGUGUACCCGGCGGGUGGGGCGGGCGGGGCGGCGUCCGGGGCGGGGGGCGCGGCGCCCCACAACCCCUGGCAGCGCGAGGAGCGGGAGCGCCAGGCCGAGGCGCGGCGCGCAGCCGCCCGCGCUAGGAGGGACGCAGCGAUAGCGCAACUAGUUUCAUUGGGUGCUUCAAGAACUCCAGUACAAAAUCAACAGCUUCGUUCCUUGCAACUAGAGCGAGACUUCGAGUUACGCGCUCAGCACGAUCAGGAGGAAAAUAACGCAGCCGAGGGUUCCGAAGAUAUGGAGGAAGACAUGGAAGACUCCGCUCACUCGGUCGUCAGCGCUGCAUCACCUCCGCCCCAAUCUCCCGCACCGCUCGCACAUGUGGCGCAGCCACAUCCGCAUCCCCCUAAGUCGAUACUCAAGACUAAUACCAGAACGGAAAUCACCAAUGGAUAUUCUAGUGAAACGCAGGUGACGUACGAGGAGAGCCGUGUGUCGGACGUGAGCGCCGGCAUGGGCGCGCUGUCGGUGGGGCCGGUGGGGGGGGCGGUGGGGCCGGCGGGGCCGGGCGCGCCCGCGCCGCCGGCGCGCGGCUCGUCGUUCGCGGUGAUGGCGGAGCGCGCGCGCACGCUGUCGCCGCACCGCGCGCCCGACGCGCACGUGCAGCACGGCAUCGCGCCACAGUCCCCGGUGAGCACGCUGCGCGACAAGCGCGUGUCGUUCCACGAGCGCGCCGCCCCGCCCGCGCCCCCCGCCCCGCCCAGCAGCUCGCCGCCCCCGCUGCACGAGCCUCCCCCACCCAGGGAGGAUCCCGAUCGGUUCAUAGAAGAGGCGGAGAAUAUGUUGGCUGGCCCCCUCACGCCGCCCGCGCCCUCCACGUCCUCGCCGCUCACGCACACGCCCGGCGUCAUCGGCGCUCAAGAGGUGUACCGGGACCCUCGUACGCGGCGCCUGGCGGAGCAGCAGGCGCGGGCGCCGAGCGCGCCGGUGCCGGAGCAGCUCUCGUUCAAGGAGAAGAUGAAGAUGUUCGCGCUGGAGUCGGGCGAGGCCUCCACGCCCAAGGAUAAGGUUAAAAUAUCGCGCGCGCAGCGAGACAUUGAUGCAGUGCAUUAA